UCGGAGAAGAGAACAAUCAGGUCUGGCUCUGCUGUGUCUCUUUGUCUAAUUGUCUCCACUGAAAAUUUUCAAUUCAAUUUCACCGACUGAGCCAUUUCGCCGUUGAGAAGAGAAGAAACAACCGAUGCAAUCAACUAAUGUCGGCGACGGAAGUGGUGAGGACGGUGGACGAGGAGGAGGAGGAGGAGGAGAGAUGAGUCGAAGUGGGUUAUCUCGGAUCCGUUCAGCUCCAGCUACUUGGAUUGAAACCCUACUUGAAGAAGAAGAGGGAGAUGGUUUGAAACCUAAUCUUUGUUUAACAGAGCUUCUUACUGGUAACAACAACAACAACGCUGGUGUGAUAACGAGUCGUGAUUCGUUCGAGUUCCCGAGUUCUGUUGAGCAGGGUUUGUAUAGUACUACUCACCAAGGUGGUGGCUUUCACCGUCAGAAUAGUUCUCCGGCGGAUUUUCUUAGUGGGUCUUGUGCUGGGACUGAUGGGUUUUUCUCUAAUUUUGGGAUUCCGGCGAGUUAUGAUUACUUGUCGCCGAACGUUGACAUUUCUCCGACCAAACGGUCUAGGGAUAUGGAUGAAGCACACUUCUCUUCUCAGAUGAAAGAAGAGCAAAUGAGUGGUGGGAUAUCAGGAAUGAUGGAUAUGAACAUGGACAAGCUUCUUGAGGAUUCAGUUCCUUGUAGGGUUCGUGCUAAACGAGGUUGUGCAACUCAUCCUCGUAGCAUUGCCGAGCGGGUGAGGAGAACACGAAUAAGCGAUCGGAUCAGGCGGCUGCAAGAACUUGUUCCUAACAUGGAUAAGCAAACCAACACUGCAGACAUGUUGGAAGAAGCUGUGGAGUAUGUGAAGACUCUUCAAAGCCAGAUCCAGGAGUUGACAGAGCAGCAGAAGAGGUGCAUAUGCAAACCUAAAGAAGAACAAUAAUGUUUCCUUUAGGAUUGAUAUAUAAUUUGUAUUUUUAAAAAUCUAAAAAAUGGUGAUGAUCUGUUCGAAAAUUCCAAACAUGAUCAUAUAUUGAACUAGAAAAGAAAAAAAAAAUAGAUGAUUUGAUGUAUGAAUUUUAGCUGUAAAAUUUUGUACAAUAAGGAAAAAAGUUUUAAAGAGCUAA